AUGCCCCACCGGAGCUCCCAAAUGCACCGUUCUUUCUCGUCCCUCUCGCCGCCGACCGCAGCUCUUCUGGCGGAAAGAGCUCUCCUCCUCCUCAAACGCCACCCGUACCACCUGAACUCCCUCGCUCCCGAAUUCACGCCCGAAGCAGCUUCCCAUCUGCUCCUCAAAUCCCAGGACGACCAAUCCCUAACCCUAAAAUUCCUCGACUGGGCGCGGCCUCACCAGUUCUUCAACCUCCGCUGCAAGUGCCUGGCCGUCCACAUCCUCACCAGGUUCAAGCUCUACAAAACCGCCCAGACCCUCGCGCAGGACAUCGCCGUCACUACCACCGCGGACGACUCCGGCGGCGGCUUCGUGUUCCAGUGCCUCAAGGACACCUACUUCAUCUGCAAUUCCAGCUCCGCGGUGAUCGACCUGGUGGUGAAGUCCUACUCCCAUUUGAAUUUGAUCGAUCAGGCUCUCAACAUUGUGAAUUUAGCCAAGGAGAAUGGGUUUAUGCCGGGUGUUCUGUCUUACAAUGCGAUUUUGGAUUCCUUGAUUAGGUCUAGGAAGCCGUUUAGGUUGGUUGAGGAGGUUUAUAGGGAAAUGGUAGCUAGCAGGGUGUCUUUGAAUGUGUAUAGUUAUAAUAUCUUGAUUAGGGGGUUUUGCAGGGUGGGGAAUUUGGAAAUGGGGUUGAGACUUUUUGAGGAGAUGGAGAAGUAUGGCUGCUUGCCUAAUGUGGUUACCUAUAAUACGGUGAUUGAUACUUAUUGUAAGUUGAAGAGAAUGGAUCAAGCGUUUGGAUUGAUGAGAUCGAUGGCUUCAAAGGGAUUGGAGCCUAAUCUGUUUACUUAUAACAUGGUUGUGAAUGGUUUGUGUAGAGAGGGAAGGAUGAAGGAGACUGAAGAGGUUCUUUUUGAGAUGAAAGAGAAGGGUUUUGUGGCUGAUGAGGUUACUUAUAACACAUUGGUGAAUGGUCACUGCAAGGAAGGUAAUUUUCACCAAGCUCUUGUGCUCCAUGGGGAGAUGAUGAGGAAUGGGUUGUCGCCUAAUGUUAUUACCUACACGUCUUUGAUUAAUAGUAUGUGUCAAUCUGGGAAUCUGAACCGAGCAAAGGAUUUCUUUGAUCAGAUGCAUGUUAGAGGACUUUCUCCCAAUGAGAGAACCUACACAACAAUGAUAAAUGGGUUCUCACAACAGGGGUACAUGAAUGAGGCUCAUCAACUGUUGGAUGAAAUGAAAGCUAAUGGGUUCUCUCCUUCCAUUGUGACGUUCAAUGCUUUGAUAAAUGGAUAUUGUAUUUUGGGGCAGAUGGAGGAUGCCAAGAUGGUGUUUCAUGAAAUGGAAAGGAAAGGUUUUGAGCCAGAUGUAGUCAGUUACAGUACUAUCAUAACUGGAUUUUGCAGAGCUCAAGAGUUGGACAAGGCAUUUCAUAUGAAGAUGGAAAUGGUUGAGAAAGGUGUUGCUCUAGAUGCUAUAACAUACUCAGCAAUCAUUCAGGGUCUUUGUGAACAAAGGAAGUUGAUCGAGGCAUGUGAUCUGUUUCAAGAGAUGCUGAUUAUGAGAGUACCUCCAGAUCAGGUUACUUAUACAACCUUGAUUGAUGCCUUCUGUAAAGAAGGAGAGUUGAACAAGGCCCUUGAAUUGCAUGAUGAAAUGACACGAAAGGGUUUUCUGCCUGAUGCUGUUACCUAUAGUGUACUUAUUAACGGACUAAAUAAACAGGCUCGAACUAGGGAAGCAAAGAGGCUAUUACUCAAGCUUUGCUACGAUAAAGCCAUUCCGGAUGAUGUCAUGUAUGAUGUUCUCAUAGAGAACUGCAGCAACAUGGAAUUCAGGAGUGUGGCAGCUCUUAUAAAGGGGUUUUGUAUAAAGGGCUUGAUGGGAGAAGCAGAUCGAGUUUUUGAAUCAAUGAUUGGAAGAAACCACAAGCCAGAUGAGGCUGUGUUUAACGUCAUAAUACAUGGUCAUUGUAGAUGGGGGAAUGUAAAGAAGGCGUAUAAACUAUAUACAGAAAUGAUUCAGUUGGAUUACAUUCCUCAUACCAUGACCAUCAUUAGUCUGGUUAAGGCCCUCUCCAGCGAAGGGAUGAAUGAGCAGUUAAACCUAGUCGUCGGCCACAUAUUGAGGAGCUGCAAGCUUAAUGAUGCAGAGGCUUCUAAAGUACUUGUGCAAAUCAACAACAAUGAAGGGAGUAUGGAUGUCGUUUUCAGUUUGCUUGACAAGAUGGCGAAGGAUGGUCUUCUUCCAAAUAGUGGGGCCUCUGGUCGGUGA